AUCGUAUUACUUUAGAAGUAAAAUGCUGAAGAAGAAUUUUGAUAAAGAAUUUAACAAUAUUUGAAAAAACUUACGGACAGAUGAAAUUACAUUGAAGUCCAGACAUAUUCACAUUUAGAGAUUAGAAAUAUGCGCUGAAAUUUGUUCUAUUACAAUCACUGAAAAACAAUCAAGAGGCCUAUCUGCACAUCUAAGAAAAUGUUGAGCCACUGUAGCUGUGCUCCUCUCAUUCCUUCUAUUCAAAAUAUGUUCCCUUACUCCGUCUUUGAGGGUUCUGCUAGUUUGGCCGACAUAUUGCUGAAGGUAUAUUUUACACGUAAUCAAAUAAACCACAUUUUUGUAAUUACAGUUGAUAUGUUGUCUUAUAUUAUAUAUUUUUUUCGAAGCAGAAGAAGAAAAAGCACUCUGAAUGGCUAUCCAAAACACUUCUUUGAUUGGUGUUUUUUCAUUUAAAUAUCACUGGUUGUACAGAAUUUCCCUAGCCUAUGACUACGCCCCUGAGGUACGAAACGCGUAAGGCCACCCUCUGAGAUGUUCCUUUUUGCGUAAUAAAACUUUUAUUUGCAUCUUUUUUGGAGUGAAGUCCAGUCUUUGUGCCAGCUUACCACUGAAUUCUACAUGUCUGAUACUACCUCCCCAAGCUGAAGGUCUGGGGCUUGAGCACCUGGACCCCCUGUCAGUAUUGGAUGCAACAUAUUAUCCAUGGCACAGCAGACUACUAUAGUCAGUGCAGCAACGACACCACUGGAAAACUUAACCACUAAAGCUUCAAUUACAGACACAUCAGCUGCAUUAACUACGAAGCCUACAACUGUUACUGUACCAGUUACUUCAACAGAAAUGGCCACUAGUUCUGUUCUGAGUUUAACUCAAAGCUCUGUAACAAGUGCCUCAGCUGCCAACAUCCCCAAUCCUAUUAGCACAGUAACAGCAGCCAGUACACCAAAGGGAACUACAGCUGGGAAAACGGAUUCAGCUCUGACUACUACUGUCACACCUUCAGCCCAAUCUUCAUUAAAACCAACAGCAACCAGCACUGCAGGAAAUCCUUUAUCAUCUCAAGAAACUUUCCAGACUACUGAAGCAACAGUUAAGCAAGAGCAGUCAUCUCACGCAGAGCCCACUUCAACAUCUGCACAGCAGAACACAACAACACAAGUCCAAGACACUACGCCUACAAACAGGAGCACUGUUUAUUCUUCCUUUACAAGUCCUAUCUCCUUGCCUACUACAAACACCACCAGCAAUAUGACAGCCUCUACUGCAGGCACCACAGAAAGUCCUACAACCAGCCUGCCCACUGGUUCUAUUAAUGGAACACCUGCUGUAGAUACUACACUUCUGACCACCACAUUUCAAACAAGUACUAAACUUCCUGGCAGUAAUGUGAAUAUAAAGGUAACUUGUCAGAAAAAAGUUUUUGAUAACAUAAAUCUCAAGUUGAAAACGAACGCCUCCAGGAGCUGUAACUCAGAUAUCGGCAUGAAGCAAUAUGAAGAUCUCCAGAACAUAUGCAAAGCAGUGAGACCUGUAAUUGAGUAUACAGAGCAAUGCAACAUAGUUCUUGGCUAUAAUGACAAGUGGAGUGAUAGGGUGGAAGUACUGGAAGUUGUAGUGGAAACACGUUUAGCUCAUAAUGACCUUCAUAAUAUGCUGAAGAACUUGACAGAUAAGGAUGGAAAAUCCUUAUUUUUAACAGAUAAAAUAGAAAGUAUUGAUGAUGAUGAUUGGCUAAGCAUGCCUCUAAUAAUCACAAUCGUCUGUUUGGCUGUGUCCCUACUGCUCAUUGCAGCUAUCUAUGGGUGCUGGCACCAGAGGCAAACUCAUAAACGAGAGCAGAGGCUUACAGAGGAACUUCAAACCAUGGAGAACGGAUACCACGAUAAUCCAACUCUGGAGGUCAUGGAGACAGCUCCAGAGAUGCAGGAGAACAAAUGUGGUUUUAAUAGAGAGCUUGGGGAUAGCUGGAUUGUUCCAUUGGAUAACCUAAGAGAGGACAUUGAAGAAGAGGACACCCAUUUAUAAAGCUUUGGAAAGUCAAUAACUGUUUGGGGUAUCCAGCAGUGCAAUAUAUAUCACACAUCUGGCCAAGUGAAUGAGAACUGACUGAUAUAAGCAAGACCAUUCCAGUCCCAGUCUCUUCUAAUCUGUCCGCCUUACUUUAGAUAUCACUCAAACCAGCCUUGAGCUUUACAUACUGUAUAAGCUCUUUUGAUACGUCUGGUUUUGUGAUGUUAAGGAAGAAUCCAAGAAGCGGCUCAUUUGCCAUAUUUGCACUGUAUUUAAUUCCCAGAAAACACUAAGGGUAUUCUUACACCUGGAACAGACUUCUCCUACAUGACAUUGAGAAUCUCACAGUACUUUGUAAGGGAACGGAUCAGUAUGCAUACAUGGUGCCACAUACAGAACGGAGAGAAACAAUGAGUAAAGGGCAUAUUCUGGGAUCUACCCCAUAACCAAUAAACAUAUUUAGACAUGGGGAGAGAGGUGGAAUUUUGUAAUAUUUGUAUAGUUGUUGUUACUCAAUGCAACAAAAUACCUUUUUUUUUAUUAUUUACUUUGUUCUACCAUGUAACUACUUAAUGUGCUUUAGCCAGAACCUGGUAUUUUUCUUAUCAAAUACACAUAGGCAGAUGUUUGUGUGUAUAAAGGCUGUUUUUAAUACCGUACUAGAACGUGCCAUUAUAAUCACUGCAGAGCAGUUCUCUCCUGACCUCAUGAGAAACAUCUUUUUUAUUUCCAUUUUGUAUUAUAAUAAUAAAAAGAGCAAACUAUGCCCAGGGCUGGUAACCCACAGCAACCAAAUAUUUAUCUUCAAAAUAAUGACCAAUAAACAAAAUGACAAAACAAAAGUUCAUUUUCUAUGGUCACUCCCAUAGAACAGACCAACAGAGCAAUUCAAAUACCAUUGUGUGGUGGAUUCAUACUACACUGUAAAACAAUUGUGUUUUAGCUCCCAUGAAGAAAAGGCUACAGAUAUCUUUGUCUGGCCAGAGAAUGUGCUACUGAAGACUUAAUGAUUACAGGGACUGUUAGUAACAGCUUCUUAUGCACUGGAGAGAGUGGCCCUAGAGCCACUGCAAUACAAUUACAUUUAAAUAUAUAGCAUUUGACUUUCACUAAUUUCCAAACUCUGUCCUAUUAAUUUAAGCACCAUAAUAAAAGGGAUACAAUCCUAUGCACAGCUGAAAAUAGCAUUGAUCCAGGACCUGGAGGGCAAGUACUCGCUGCAGGAGUGGGGUUUGUUGGAAGUGGAACGGGAUUGUAGGGUAAAACUCAAUCAAGUCCCAGGAUGCCAAGCAUAAUACUUUGGAGCAGUCCUAGUGAUUACCAAAAUUUUCACCAAGUUUUGCAGUGAAAAUAAUGCCCAUAUGGGUGAAAAACUGUUUGCACAAUUUGUUGUUCGUCAAAAAAAAAAAAAUGGUCACCAAUAGACUAAUGCAUUUCAGUGAAUUUUUGGAGAAGUGAAACGGGUCAGAUUCGCCCAUCACUACUAGUAAUGCACCACUGGUUGGCAGAAUGUGAUUCCACGAUGUAGCCAUUGAAAUCCUGGAAUAAGACAGCACUCAUUUUAUGGCCAAGUGUAUCCACAGUGUUCACUAAGGGAACAAAGAUUUGCUCAAAGCCAAAAGUCUGGCAGGUAAGUGACAAAGGUAGUGAGCUGGACCAGUGGGAGCACUUGCAUGUCUAUUGCUGCAACAGUUUUCCCUUUAAGUAUACACUGUCUGCAUUGUACAGAAUGCUUCGGGGGGGGGGGGGGCAAGAUAGCUGGCAGAUAGAAAGAAAAUUCAAUUACGCUUCAUUAUUCUAUCCCCACAAUAACCCAAACUGAGAGAUGUGCCAUUUUGAUUGCUUCUGGUUUAUUCCAAUAGAAAAGUAUUUUUGCACUAACUUGAUUUUUCUCUGCCAAAAUCUCCUCAGAAGAAAUGAGGGUGUUAUCUUUAAAGGGAACAUCUUGACCUGUGCUGCUUUUGCUUUAGAUCCUGAUUUUUUUUAUGAGUUUUGUGUGGAACGUUUCAAGCAUUGCCUUGCUAAAUGGCUCCUCUAGGAACAGGGGUCUGUUAAACACUGGGAAUUACCAAGAACUGGAUUGUAAAGAUAGUUUCUUACAAAUUUUAUUUUAAAAAUGUAAACUAUUAAUAAACCUGUUUUUGCCUA